UGUAUGUUCCAAAGAGGAUGACUAAUUAGGGUUAGGUCGAGAGGGAGAUGGCGAAAUUCAACGUAGUACAGAAGAAGAGAAGAGCACUGUUAUCGGAGCGCAAAAGAGCUAUUCACGGCGAUCCUUUAAGCGGUAAACUCAAAGUGAAGCCUCAACCUGUCUCUAUCUCCGGCAAGCGCAAACGCAAGCUCCUCAAGCAAUGGCGAAGGGAACAGAAGGUGGCUUUGGAGAAAGGUCUUAUCACCAUUCAGGACGUCGAGAUGGCUUUGACUGAAGCAGCAGAUGCAAAUAAAGAGGCUGAGGAGAAACCUUCAACAUCAGCAGCUCAGUUGAGAUUGAAAAAGCGAUUGAAGAUUAAAGCAACACAGUUGAAUAAUAGAAAAGGAAGAGGAGGAGGCAAGAAGAAGGGAAAGCAAGUUGCAGAGGCUCAACAGGUUGAGACCAUGAUAGAAUGAAGUGGAAAAGAUUAAGUAAGAAGCCCUAGUCAAGAUGAUGAUGAUGAUGAUGUUGGAGUAUUAUUAUUAUUAUUAUUAUGUUUGUUUAGAUAUUGCCUCAAAAUUAUCUUCUUUAUUAUAUACACUUUCAUGUGUUUAUUAUUAUUAUCCAAGUCAUUUAUCACAUGUUGCCAAUAGUUAUUUAAAGCAAAACAAAACCCCUAAAUUUCAAAAGGGUUUCUUCUUCUAU